CUAGGGUUAUGUUAUUUGUCAAAAUAGCGAAUAGUUGUAGUUUUUUCCCAAUUAAUUUAUUUUAAAUACAGAUUCCUUAAUUAUGCAGAAUAGUCAGUCAGAUAAAAUGUGCUGUACCCCUGAAUCAAUAGCCCAGAAACUGAAAAUUUUAGUUCUGCAUGGCUAUCGACAAAACGCAGAGGUAUUCAAAAUGAAAACAGGCUCUUUUCGUAAGCUAGUCCACAGUAGAGCACAAUUCAACUAUGUAACGGCACCGCAUAAAGUACUUUUGGUCGAUAAUUUAGACGCUCUAGAGGACCGUGAAGUGGGCCAAGCUCAAGAUGAAGAACAAUACGGUUGGUUUUUUAACAGAGACGAUAUGACGUAUAGAGGUAUUAGGAAUGGAGGACCUGCAAUAGGCUUUGAGGACUCAGUGAAUUUUAUUGAACAAGUGUUUGAAAGGGAUGGACCCUUCGAUGGAGUUGUGGGGUUCUCACAAGGAGCUUGUUUUUUAGGUCUUUUAUGUCAUCUACAACAAGUGGGAUUGACAAAUCAUAUAAAGUUUAACUUUGCCAUAAUGUUCAGUGGAUUUAAGUCUCAAAGUUGGCCCCAUUUAAAGUAUUAUCAGGAUGAAAUAACUUUACCAUCUAUGCAUAUUUAUGGAACAAGUGAUAAAAUUAUACCUACAGAAAUGAGUGAGGCUUUGUCUUUAUGUUUUAAAGAUCCUGUGGUGGUGGUACAUGACGGUGGACAUUAUGUACCAGGUUCUUCCAAACAAAAAACUGAGUACAGGGACUUUCUAGAAACGCAGAUGUUAAAAAAACAGCAAAGAGAAGAAAAUAAAAAUGAAGCAACUUUAAGUUAAAUUUUAUUUAUAUGAUGUAAAUAUGUUUA